GCUAAAAACUUUUGGAAGAGAACUUUCAGUUAUUAUGUGAAAACCAAAUGUUUGGCAUAUGUUUGUAAGUUUGGUCCAUUGUAGCUGAAGACCCAGCAAACAGCAAACUUACAUUUUAUAUUCAGAGUCCAGACAUUUUUGCAUGUUUUUUGGCAUGCAGUCUUUCUUGUUCGACAUGACAGCCCAAAAUGUAACAGGCAGUUAUAUAAUUGAUACAAGUCGCAGACGAUACCCUGCCAUGCGAUCGACCGCUGUUUGCUAUAUAAAUGCAAGCCGAUUGAAAGUUCAUGUAUUUUCAAGUUUGCCUAAAUGAUUUCGUGUUGCUCGUUGCUGUUUUUGUUCGCUACGCUGCUGAUCGAUGGCUGCAAAGCAGGACGUAACUGGGAAUACGAGCCCUUAUCCUUGACAUCCUACAGUUCAGACGAGAAUCUAUUGAAGAUCGCCACAAAGGUUGAUCGAUUGGGACGCGCCGAUUACGCAUUUUCCAUGACACUGGACUGGAACUACGAUGUGGAUAGGGACACCAUGGUGGAGGCAGACGUUUAUCACUGCUCAUCGGGUGACGAAGACGACUACAAAAUGAUGCCCUGGUCCAUUCCCAAACAGCCCUUUUUCGAAUACCUAAACGGCUUCUACAAGGACGCGUUCAUCAAGAAUGUGGGUCACUGUUCCAAUAUGGUGCAGUUCGAUGGCGAUUUUGUGCCUCCAUGGCCACGAAAUGUUUACAAGUUGGACAAAUGUGUGGCCAGUGGCGAGGGACUACCAGAUAUUGCACCAGAAGGCUUCUUCAAGUUAGACUAUAAGAUGACUGGACAGGUGGAUUGGGGUUUUACUUUAAUCGUCAAGGUCUCGCCUAAGGUUAUUUAAAAAUAUAUUUUAUGCGGCUCCUUAGAAAUGCA